UCAACAAACCUGCUUCUCUGUCAGAGAUUCAGGCAAGAAGACCCAGUGGAAAUAGGCCAUGGAUGAUUUAGAUGCUUUGUUGGCAGAACUGGAACAAACCUCGGAGAGUCUGAGUGUGAAUGACUCAGACCCAAAUGUUUGCUUUCUUUUGGAGCGUGACAACAGCAAAGCAAAACCAGUGGCAACAACAACGGAAAUCCAUCUUACCCAACACACAAAAUCAGCUGCUCAAGAGGGCAAAAAGGUAGAACCAGCACACAAUGUUCAAACCCAUAAAGAAGAUGCAGAUAAUAUUUACAGCAAAAUUUUACCUCCACAGCCAGUGGCAUCCUCAUCGCCUUCCACCUCAGUUGCUCAGCAGCUGGAUGAUCUUUUGGCUUGCUUAGGAACAAUCCAGUCCAAGGUCUCAGAUGGCCUGGCUACUCCUGGCCAGUCAGUCUCAGCAGAAGAGAAUACCGCUGGCAACCUAGACAGCAUGUUGGAGAGCUUGACUCAGGAUAUGCAGGACCUUGGUGUUGCUACUGUGCCUAAGGGCAACUGUGCUUCCUGCCACAAACCCAUUGCUGGAAAGGUGGUUACAGCUCUGGGAAAGAUCUGGCAUCCUGAACACUUCACAUGUGCCCAGUGUGGAAAAGAAGUGGGUUCCCUGCCAUUCUACGAGCGGGACAACAAAGCAUACUGCCAAGAAGACUAUCACCAGCUCUUUUCUCCUCGCUGUGCUUACUGUACUGCGCCCAUCCGAGAGAAAAUCCUAACAGCCAUGGAUCAGACUUGGCAUCCUGAGCAUUUCUUUUGCACACAUUGUGGGACUGUGUUUGGAAAUGAUGGUUUCCAUGUGAAAGAUGGAAAGCCAUACUGCCAGAAAGAUUUCCAGAGCAUUUUUUCUCCCAAGUGCAGAGGCUGUGAUCGUCCUGUGAUGAAUCAGUAUUUGUCAGCUCUGAAUGCUGUAUGGCAUCCUGAAUGUUUUGUGUGCAGAGAUUGUUUCUGCAGUUUUACUGAUGGCUCUUUCUUUGAAAUAAGCGGCCAGCCGUACUGUGAGCUUCACUUCCAUCAUCACCAGGGAACGGUGUGCCACGGUUGUGGGAAACCCAUUGUUGGGCGAUGUGUCAGUGCCAUGGGGCACAAGUUUCACCCAGAGCAUUUUGUCUGUGCCUUUUGCCUUACUCAGUUGCACAAUGGCAUUUUCCAGGAGCAGAAUGAUAAAACCUACUGUCACGCCUGCUUUAAAAAACUCUUUGUUUAACCUGAAGGUAUGUGGAAUGUUAUUCUUCCCAGGAACUUCAUUGCUAAAAAACAAGGCUGCGGUCCCAGGACACUUCCUUGGGAAUAAGUCCUACAAUGCUCCCUAGGAUUUUCUCUUGACUAAAGAGUUACCAAAUUAGGCAACGUUGAAUAUGAUAAGAAAAACUGUAAGAUGCCCAAUACUAUAACAUACUGUUAUGCUUUAGUGUAUUCAGAUUAAGCAACUGUUAGGUAUUUAUCUUUUAUAUUGAAUUUUAAACAACUUUACUAACAUUCACUAGCUGGAGAUCUAUUUUUUAAUGAGAAAUAAUAACAGCAGCUGCUUCAUAUAUAUAAUCUUUAAAGUGAAACAAAGUAGUAAUUGUUCUUCUCUGAAAUCUGUUUUCGGAGAUUUUGUUUCAGCUGAUGAAAAGAACAAGUUUUUUUAAACUAAUACAUAUUCAUCUAUGCUAAUCUAUAUUCCAUUGGUUUCUAUCAUUUUUUGUAAGUUACAACAGAAACCUAUGAUGUCUUGAAGUAGGUAUGCUGCAAAUUACAGAAGUUCAUUCUAAAGUCACUUGGGCUUACCUCCUGGUCAGUGUGCAUAGAACAGUCCUAACCAGGGAACUCUCAUUUAAAAAGUUAUUUAGAUUGGAAAGAGAAGAUACUCCAAUGCAUCUUGAAAUCAACAGCUUUUUAAUGGUAGACUGGUGCAAAACUGCAGUGUCGAUGGAAGUAUAGCCUGCGGAGUAAACAAUAUGGAAUUAUUCUUCUCCCUGUGCUACCUACAUCUUGCCCAUCUCAUUUUGCUCAUUCUGAAUGGCUUUGGCAGCAAUGUUCCACUAAGACAUCUUUUACAUAAAUGGUUCGUCUCUCAAGAUUAGUAUCAUAAUGCCCUAGCAAAACCAGUCAUCUACCUUUUUAAUCUGCUAAACCUUAUGUAUGUAUGCAAAUGGUCUCUUGCCUGAUUAUUUGAAUAUUUAUCUUUCCUUUAAUCUUCUUAAUUUUUCAUACACACUGUGUUGAAGGUUGUCGAUAUAUUUUCAUCACGUUGCUUGUAAACAGAUAAUAUGCAAAGAAGAAUAAAUUUUAUUUUCUUGUUGGUC